ACCGCCCCGGUAGCAGCAGGACGCGCUACCGCCACCGCUGCCACUGCGCCCGGGGGAAAGACGGACAUGGCGCCGCUGUUGCUGUUGCUGGCGCUGCUGCUUGCCGCCGGCUACCUGUGCUGCGUGCGGCGGCACACGGGCAGCUCGGCGGCCGUGCUACGCCGCCGGGAGCCGGGCCGCGCUGAGGCGCGGGGCCGCAGCCCCCCGCGGGACCCUUGGGCCCCGCGGCUGUGCGGCUCCGGGCUGCGCCUCUUCGUCCAUGUGGCCAACACGGCUUUUGGACAGAUCUGCUUACUGCCAUUCUUAAUAAGACUGAACAACUUCUCGCUCAUGCGUUCACUUGACAUUCACGAAGAUCCCACCUUUAUCCCAGAGGUGGCUGCCGAAGUUACGGAUGACAAGCCUGAGGCUGAAAGCAGUUCGGGUAUUAUCAAGCAGCUGAUGGAUGCAAGGUGUGAUUCUGCUAGCAAUGGAUUUAGCUUCAAAGGCAUUAAAGACUACCUGGAGUGCUACCGGAGUGGGAAGCUGACGCCAUCUCAGGUAGCAAAGAACAUCAUUGCCACGCUGGAGGACUGCGACAAAUCCACGCCUCCACUCAGAGCGAUAGUGCAAUGGAACCAGGAGCAAAUAAUGCUGAUGGCUGAGGCCUCCACUGCUCGUUACAGGAAUAAAUGUACCCUGUCUUAUCUGGAUGGCAUCCCGGUGUGUCUGAAAGAAGAGUUCAAAGUGGUGCCUUACCAUCACCGAGCGGGAACAGUGUAUCUUGGGACAGAGCCUGAAACAGAAGAUGCUACUGUGGCCAAAAAGCUGCGAGAGGCUGGGGCUGUCAUUAUUGGGGUCUCAAACAUGCAUGAACUAGGGACUGGAACAACUGGAUGCAACCCUAAUAGGUACCACAAGAUCCCUAGGAAUCCCUACAAGCCCAACCACUUCACAGGUGGGAGCUCCAGUGGGUCGGCAGCAGCUGUAGCAGCAGGUCUCUGCCCGGUGGCUAUUGGCACAGAUGGAGGUGGCUCUGUAAGGAUUCCUGCUUCGUUCUGUGGUGUGGUGGGGCUGAAAGGUACAUUUGGGCGCAUCAGUUCCCAUGGCAGCUUGCCACUCUCCUACUCCACGGUCAGCGUAGGCCCUAUCUGUACCUCAGUGGCAGAUGCAGCCGUUGUUUACAGUAUCCUUGCUGGGCCGGAUCCGCUCUAUCUGUACGGACUAAAACAGCCCAAAGCAAGCCUAUCCGAUAUGUGUGCUCCUGACCUGAAAGGCUUAAAACUGGGAGUGGACUGGACAUUUUUUAAGGCAUGUGAUGCUGAAGUCCUGUCCAUCUGUGAGAAAGCUGUGGAGCACCUGCAGAGUCUGGGAGCCAGCGUGGUUGAAGUGUCUCUUCCAGAGAUGGAGGAAGUGCGAGUAGCACACGUAAUCUGCAUUCUGAGUGAGAUGAGGGACUUCCUGCAGCCUGACUUCAACAAACAUUUCCAGGACAUGAAUUUGGACACUCGGGCUAACCUGGCCUUGGCUUCCCAGUUCACAGCUCUGGACUAUAUUACGGCAAAUCGACAGAGAACUCGGACCAUGAAAUUUUUGCAAGAGAUCUUCACCACCGUGAACUGUAUCCUUACACCAGCUGUUGCUUGCACUGCCCCAAGAAUCUAUGAAUCUGAUCAUUUGACUGGGAGCAGCGAUUUCUCCUUCACAGCCCGGUCCAUGAGGUUCAUGCAGCUUGGCAACUUCACUGGCAUUCCAGGCCUUGUGGUGCCCAUUGGAUAUUCUACUGCUGGGCUUCCUAUCAGUUUCCAGGUCAUGGCAAAAUGGUGGGAUGAAGCUGUUCUUCUGAGGAUUGGCCUGAAGCUUGAGCAGUUUCGUUCCCACACCAAAAAGCCAUCCAUUUAUUACGACAUCCUUGCAUGACAGAGUGAUCCAGAGGGGAAUUAAGGCUUUUUUAUUUUCUCUAGUGUGGCCUGACCAAGUUUUGGAAUGGACUUAUUCUCACCGUUCAGCUGAAUGAGGCUUAGUAGCAGGGACCCUUUGAGGAAUGGGGAGGACGACACUGAUGUAAGCAGGCAGUGAUGCUGAGCAGACAUCGUAUGUGUUCCCUGCUUGUUAUUGGAUGAUCCAGUUGAUACUGGGGAGAUCAAGUGGGCUAGCUUGUUCCUCCCUGUGUUUUUGCCAACUGGGGAAGCUGCAACUAUCUUCUGCAACCUUUUUUUUUCCUGUGGAGGGGUCCUGUAUAAAGAUGGAAGACAGUUGCAUCUACAGGACUGCAUGGGGGCAGUUCACAUUACUGUGCAGGGGGAGGUAGAAGCCCUAGACCUUAAAGCUCCUCAGAGAACUCUUCCUGCUCUAGAGCAUAGUGAAGGUACUGUUUUGAGGGGAGAGACAGCUUCCCUUAAGAAGUAAUGCCUAGCUGCCUUGGAAUGAGGAGGAACUUAACACACCUGCAGGGAGGUAGUGGGGGUGUUGCUGGGGCCUCUUCCUUAGGUAGUCUCUCAGAGACAAACAGAAAGUCUGUAGCUGUGGAAGUGUCACUUAACUUCUGUCCCUUACACUGCCAACAGCAUAAGGUCAGUCUAACUGUUGCACAAAGUAUCAGUGCGCUCUCUGCAGCAGCAGUCCUGCUUACCUUCAGUCUUACAUGCAAGGGGAGGAAAAAGCAGAGCACAAACCUUCAUCAACUCUGUAGCACAAAGCCCUUGUUCAGGGUUCGGGCUUUCUCUGUUUCCCAAGCUAAGUCUCUGAGAGCCUCUUUUCUCCCCCUGGUUGCUUACGUAUAAGCCUACUAGCAUUUAAAUGUCCAAAUGGAAGAAAUGAGUUGGUGCUGCUGUGAAAUACUGCUUAAGGAGUGCUGAGCCAACCAUUACAGACAGCUGAAAUUUGUGUGGUAUGGAAAGGAGGAAAUGCCACUGAGCUACUGCAGGAGCUCGUGCAGACUUUAUUGCAGCCUUUCACUAAUUAAAAGGGACAGACUGUUUAGCUGGACCUGUUGCAAUAGGGCAAGUGGUAACGGUUUUUAAACUAAAACGUUGGUUUAGACUAGGUAGGAGGGCAACAUUUUUUUACAGGGAGUGUUGCAAAGCACUAGACAAGGUUACCCAGAGAGGUGGUGGAUGUCUCAUCCUUGGGAAAAAAAAAAUCGAGGCUCGAAGCAAGCUGGUGUAGUUGAAGAUGUCCCUGCUCAUUGCAGGAGGGUUGAAUUAGAUGACCUUAAAGGUCAUCUAAAGGCUCCUUCCAACCCAAACUGAUUCUAUGAUUCUAAGAGUUGAAGCUGGGUGCCAGAAACAUGUUGCCUAAAGCCAGCUGCAGCAAAGAGCUCGCUCUAGGUAAGAAACCAAUCCCAUCUUAUCCCAAGUGCACUGCCUGAAGUAAUUAAGAUAGAAUUAAGACACAAAUUAAAGAUGGGGAUGUACUACAUAAAGCGUGACAUUACAGAAGCUAAAGGAGACUAUACUCACAGCAAUAGGCUGUAAGUCACAGUACUAUGUUUCGGUGAAAGGCCUCAGAGUGCAAACACAUGGGUCCUUGUGUCCUGCCAGCAGCACUAGGGCCACGCAAAAGGUAACGAAAGGACCAGGAGUAACCAAAGGUAGGCACUUGUGUUUGGUUUGGAGCAGCUCAGAGUUAAAGCUCAGAGACAGCUGCCUGUUGGCUGCCUCCUUGGCUAUCCUGGGAUUGAGCUCAGGCUGCUGCAGAAGCCGUCCUACAGCCAGAAGCAGAGAAAGUGGCUGUAUUCUUGCUUUGCUUGGAAGGAAAGGAGGAACAGAAAGUAGUUGCAGUUUCUCUCCAACUCUGUACAACUUGAGGGGUUUUUAACCAUACAUACUCACUCUUUAAACAGAGCUAGCACUUUACUAAUGGCUAAAGUCUGGUCAGAUGGCAUCGGCAUGGAAGAACAUUGCAUUGCUCUCUCCUCCUUCAUUACCUGAGCAUCAACUCCUACCAGCAGCUGUCACACAGCUAAAUUAAUUAUAUGGUUGAUAUUGUCUUUUAUCUUCAGUUCCUCUAUGUGAUACUGCCACAAUGAUUUUUUUUUCACUAGAUUCUCUACUAGAGUUCAGCUUUAGGAAGAAGAGUAUGAAAGUAUUUCUUCUGUUACUGAGAGUAAAUUAUUAAAUGCUACCACCCUACCUAAAAAGUGAAAUGCUGUUGAAAUGCAUUGUAUAGCAAUAAUUGAGUUGAUGUGUUUGUUUGACAAGAAUAAAUUUCUGCCAGGAAUGUUACUGCUUGAAGGAAA